CCGACACGAAUUUGGCGGCUUGCGGGUGGCUUUUUCGGCGUGCACCUGUUUUGUUUACAUCGGCGGCGUGCUAGACGAAGCUUGUCAAUCAAAAUAGGUGAUGAUAACGAAGUGUUCUACAUCGGUGUUGUGAUUUCAGAAUGUGAUAAUGUUUUCUGUCUGAUAAAAGUUUACCGUUGUUUAGGCGUAUUAUUGCAGAAAUCUGGGUACCAACGAUGUUUUACAGAUUUCCCUUCUUAAUAUGCAUUGUAUCUUUGAAUCUCAUCCAAGAGUGAAUCUGUGAAUCUAGCCAAUUUUUACCCUGUAAAGACCAUAUUAAAAUAACCUUAUACACUCUAAAAGAUACUUAGUAAACGCAAGGGUGCAUAUUUGUGACAUAACAUUAAGUUUAAAAGGAAAAGAAAUGCAUCUGCUAUACCGUUAAAUAUUUAUCUAGAAAAGCCUUAGUCAUAGCCAAAGAAAUAUAAUCGUACUUGAUUUGGUGUUACAUUUGCAACUUUGCGUUGGGAAGACUAUUGUGUUCAUCUUAUUGGAUAUUAUAAACUUACCAUCACUGACAUCUCCCCAGAGUUGUUUUGGAUUGACAGGACAGAAAGGGGAGAGAGCCAAAUUAAAUGGAGAAUAAAAAAGUCUACUUCAAAUAAAAUUAAAGGUUUUGAAAAGAAGAGACAUUUCGUUUGUGGAAGCUAGCUACCCGCCAUGGCAUCAAAAAAGGAGGAUGUCAUCUAAACGGAAAAGUCCUCCGACGAAGUUUACUUUGGACGAUAUAAGAAAUGGCCUUCACCAUCACCGACCUUCUCUCGAUAUCCAAGACAAAGAUCCGCAGCACUCGUUUAAUACCCCGCCUAUCCAGGAAGUCGAAGAAACUGCACUAAACCUCCGCCAAGAGCAACAAAUUUCUCACAGCUCAAACGAACGAUUACAGCUCGAAGACGAUUAUCCGUACGAAGACGAAGAGGAAUCAUUUCUUGAUGAGAUGACCUCCUCUCCCGUUGCUUCGGACAGUUGCUCUCCGUACACAUCCAGGUUAGCGGACCCAGAUUCGGACAGUGUGAUCAGUGACGCAGAAGGUGGCAGACCAGAGGGUAAUUUAUCUGGUGGACCCUCUGCAUUUUGUCAUCCGAGUAGGAAACAAAGACUUCUACAGAGCGUUUCUGCAGAGGGCGAAUCAAAUAUCAGAGAUUCGGACGAUUCAGACUCCGAUCCCGGCUGCUACAGCGGCAGUGAGUGUGGACUUGUAGUGAGUGGGGGGGAACAAAGACUUAUUUCACCAGGACACUCCAGGACUUUAGAGACAGUGCCCUCGCCCUGUAGCAGUCACCACAGUGACGCUGGUGGUGGCGGAAGAGCGGCCAACCGGCGGUCAAUGGACGACGUUCUUAAAAAGUUGACUUCUAAAAUGAACAUUAGUACGUCCCUUAGUGAAAACCCUCAAGGACUGUGCUCUUCGGAGAGUAUUAGGUUUCAGACCGAAUCCUCAUGCAAAAAGCAAACGAAUGGGAGCGGCGAGGGGAGUACUUUGCUGAUGGACAGCGAAGCAAUCAAAGCUGCCCUAUCUGAGAAAAGUAUUUCGGAUAAAGAACGCGUCUUAACAGAAAUGAUCGCUCACCUUCAGCAAGUGCGGGAACAAAUACUUGCACAGCAGCAGCAGAGAGAGAUGGAGCAGAGCAACGAGAGGAACAGCGUAUUGGAGAAGGAGCGGCAAGAGUUAAUUGAAAGGCAGCAACAACAGCUUUUCCAUCAACAACAACAAAUUCAGGAGCUUCAAUGUCAAAUCAAUGGUCAUCCAAUGGCCAAAGCUAUGAUGGGGUCUUUCAUACCCUCAUUUGAAACUCCGCACCCGGCCAUGAGUCCUCCCGGACCGAUACGACCGAUGCCAACCACUGCUGGAAUAAGACCGGACAACACAGGGCUGGCCGUUGCUCAGCAGUGGAUUCCUUCCCAAGUCCUGAGUCCCAGCCCCAGUAUAAGCGGCUCUGAUCUGGACACAGAAUCCGAUGCCCCACUCAAUCUUUCUAAACCCAAGCAUGCGAAAGGUUCAUCGAGACGGACAUCCAGAAGUCCUGGAAAUGAGCUGAAAGUGUGUGAAAGAGGAAGCCCUAUGUCUCCGAGUAGCCUGCAACAGCACAGAAGUCAAAAUAUGGCAGAAAUGGCAGCCAUGGCUCAUCAUAUGCUUCGAGGACCUCCAUCCAUACCGAUACCCCCAUCAGCUUACCUUCCAGGAGCUUAUACAGCAAUGCCACUGCACUUGAGACAGUCUGCUGUCAUUUCCCAACAAGAUAAAAUGAAAGAACUGUCGCAACCUAUUCCAAGCAGCCACAUUCCUCAACAUGGUGGAGCUUUCCAGAACUUCAACCUACACAUGUACCUGUCUCAGUGCAUGAAUCCCCAUGACCCCUGUGAUAUUGCUCCUCCAACUUUGGACUCAACUGAGAAGAAACAUGAUACACAUUUGGCAUCCUCUCCAAGCAAACUAGUGGGAGCAAAAAUUAUUCGUCAAACGAAAAAGGAAGGUGAGUCGAAACCCCACAUCAAGCGACCAAUGAAUGCAUUCAUGGUAUGGGCAAAAGAUGAGAGGAGAAAAAUUCUUAAAGCUUGUCCUGAUAUGCACAAUUCCAAUAUAUCUAAAAUUUUAGGUGCCCGUUGGAAAGCCAUGUCCAAUGGAGAGAAGCAGCCUUAUUAUGAGGAACAAUCUCGUUUAAGUAAACUGCACAUGGAGAAGCAUCCAGAUUACAGGUAUAGACCUCGGCCAAAGCGAACAUGUAUAGUUGAUGGAAAGAAACUUAGAAUCUCAGAAUAUAAACAGAUGAUGAAGUCACGAAGGCAAGAAAUGCGCACAUUAUGGUAUCGUGAUGGUGGUAUUGGAGUUAUAGACUCUCCUACAAUGGUUACACCUGCAUCUUCUUUACUGUCCAUGCCAAAUGUUUCUGUGGGCUCCAGUGAAAUGGCUGGUACACUUGGAAUAAAACUUUCACCAUCUAAUGGAACAAUGGAUGGGCACAUGUUACCUUCAGAUCCUCUAUCUCCGGACAGAACCUCUCCCCCAACUACCUCAACGUCUCUUCCGAGAAUAAAAAGUGAUGAACAUGACAGCUCUCUGUCAAUGGAAACAACUACAUGAGAAUAGCCCAGCCUCUUUUGUAGGAUAUUAAACCUUAGCAUUUAAAGAUUUCUGGAUUUCAGUAUCAAGAAAUAUUUGCUUUCUAAACCACACAGACAGUGUAUAUAGCUGUAAAUUUCAAUUGUCAUCCUUGUUUAUGUCAUAUAAAAAAAAGAAGAGAUUGCAAUGUUCCUCGUAUGAUUGAUAUUGAAAUUACCAGUUGGGAUUUCAGAACAUCUCAGUGUGCUAAUGUGAAGAUUUGUGAAUAAAUUGUUUUAUAGUACAAGUUGAAAAGUGAAAAUGUAUUUUCAAAAAGAAAGAUAUAUUUCUCAAAGCAUUUUACUAAAUGCUUUUUACAAAGUUUUCACUAAAAUUUUCACUGUAUCAAAUUGUAUAGAAAAUUCAUUAGGGCUGAAGAAAAUGGAAAUUUUUUGUGCAUGCGAUUUUUUUUAAUGCACAGCUCAAGCUCAGAAUGAUAAUGAGAAAAUAAAAAAAAUUAUGUUCAUUAAAAAGUGCAUACUUUACACACCUUUAUACAUAUUUUAUUUACAGGCAUGUUAACGUUUUUAUUAAUACUUUUUUAUAAUCAGAAGUGCAAACUUAUUUCACCAAUUGACAGAGUUAAAUGAUAUAGAGAAUAAUGCAUAAGAUAAAAAAAUCAUAAUAUUCUGUAUUAAUUCUAUGAUGUAUGGCAUUAGAAACCAUUUUUUGUUUGUUAAAUAAUAAAAAAAUGAUGAAAAUAUUCAUAAAUAUAUCAUUUGGAUAUAUACUGUAAAUUAAAUUUAUACAACAUUAGUGAAAUUUUUUUUUGGUUAAUUGAAAAUAAUUAUUAAAAUGUUCAUAAAAAUAUCAGUGGCUAUACUAUAAAUUAAAUUUGUUUUAAAUACCAUCAAUAAAAUUCUUUUUUUUUUUUUUUAAAUUAUUAAGAAGCUUGUUUAUGGUGGUGCCACACUUUACUUAAAAUUAAAAAGACCAUGAGCAUAGCAUAACAGAAUGUAUAAGAAGUGACUAAAAUAAAAUGUAAAUCAACAAGAAGCAUAGUUGUUGCCUUUAAAUUAAUCAUGCUGCCGAAUACUUAACGAGUCACAUUUAUAGCCAUACAGAGAUUAAAAAAUAAAUCUCUCAUUUUGCACAGUGAUGAUUAAUUCUAUAAGACGAUAAAAGGCAUAUUAAUGUAAUAUAACACUAAAGUUGAAAAAUCGUAGAAAGACAUUUCCAAUGUUAAAAUUUUUUUCUUUUUGUCAUUAUUAGUAUACUAACACAAAUCGAUAAUUUUAUUCUUAUUUAUUUAAAUUAAGUCAGCUUUUAUGCCACUGAUAGCAAAUAAUAAUUUUAAUUUUUGUAUAUUCCUAUUUAAAGCAAAUACAGUGUUUCUAAAUCAUACGUAACAUUUAUGAAGCAAGUAAAGAACAAGAAAGUAAAGGCAUUUUGUUUCGAAGAAUGUAAAACGUGGUGCGAUUUCUUUCUUAAGCAUCAUGUUAUGAUUUUGAAUGAGAAAAUACUCCCCAAGAUCACCUUCGGAAAAGUUUUCUUCAGUCAUGUUUUUGAUGUAAAUAAUUUGUUCCAUCCCUCUUGCAUUUGUGAACAUGAACUGAAUUUUCUACAAAUUGUUCAAUAUUUAGCAAGAGGAUUUUCGUGUGUUUGAGAAUCCUCAUAGAGGGAAAAAAAUUAAUUAAAAAAAUUCAAUUAAUAAAUUAUUCAUUGUGCUUUGAUAAGAACCCAAAAGUGCAAAAUCCAUGAAAUAUACUCAAUGUUCUCUCUCAGGUACAUAUGCUAUAAUCUUAGUCUAGCAUUUAAACUACUUGUUCUAUCCUAUCUGAGAAUGAACAUUAACUAUAAGCAGAUAAUAAUAGUUGCAGUAUAGUAAUGAGGAGCUUUUUAAAGUUUACAGGAUAUUUAUAUCGUCAAGGAAAAUCCUGUAGAGUUAGACAAUACCAUACUUGAUUGAAUGAUUCUUUUUUACUUUGCAGUUUAUUUUCAUGCUAGUGCCAGAUCAGGAUCUUCAUAAGUUUACAAUCACAAUGCUGGAAGUAUUAAAAAAAGCUAAACUUAAUCGACAGCAAUCAGAACAUCAGGAUUUGGGCAGUUAGGCAUCAAGUCAGUAAUGAGAAAUGUAAUUUGGACACUUUUUCCCACAAAAAAUCAGUAUCAUCUGAGGUAAUCCAUACUUUAUAUGUAAGAUUCAUGACUAAUAGCUGUUCUGUGCUAAUGAAUGCUGAAUAAAAUUUUUUUGCAUUUAACUUCGAUAUACUGUGCACAGAUUAGCUAUCAGUUAUUAACCUGAUUGGUAAUGGUAUUAUAGGAGUUUGCAGAUAAUUGGCUUUACAGCAAUAUACGUGGUUCCAGUUUACUGAAACCUCAUCUUAUCAUUAUUCAGUAGUAACAAGAUUACGAACUGAAUUUUAAAAACAAUACAUCGGUCCAGGGAAAUAGAUUUCAUUACCAAAUACUGAACUAGCAUCUCGGAUUUCCUGAUCUUUUGGCUUUUAUUUGUGGGGUCACUUAUGCUAUGAUAUUUAGAGUAUACUCUAAAACUAAUCUGGCAGAAUUUUGUAAAACUGACAAAAAUUUGGAAUAACUCAGAGAUGACGCAGAAAAAGUAGUAGAUGUAUUCAAUAACAGAUACAGCUAAGAACAGCAUUGACAUUUUUACAUGUGAAUGUAAACAGAAGGUACAAAGGUACAAGUUUCUAUACUCCCUCUUCACGAUUUUAUUUUUUUAAAUAAAUAUAAUUUUCAAAUUCUCGCAGAGAUCCUGUUCUGCUGGUUGUAAGUAUAAGGAAAAGCAAAUAAGAAUUUGUUUCGUAUGUAUAGAAUUUUUUGCCAUGGAAAAGUAUUAAGUGUUUUAGUGCAACUUUUCAAACUGGAACCUUUGUUUUACGGUUUUAUGUAAAAAACAUUCGAUCCUUCAUAAAAAUUCUCAUGCAAUUUUAACUCUUUGAUUAUGAUUGGGGUUAUAUAUUUUAUAGUGAAAUUGAUAAGCAAAGGUUUAAGAAAAUUUGUACCUAGAAUUAGGUAUAGGAUUAAUUUAAAAAAAAAAAAAAAAAAAACAGCCACCUUUUUCAAACACCUUGUAUAUAACUAUUUUCUAUCAACAUACAAAUAUGAAAGUUCCAUGCUUCCCAUUUAAGUUCAAAUGAAUCUUAUGAAGUUAACCAGUGCACAGUGUGAAAACUGUCAUAUUGAACACAAACUGCCUUUACUUCUUUUUUCCUGUAUUUGUAUAAAAAAUAUUUAAAAUUACAUAAAAAGGAAAAAUGACUAAAAUUUUAUAUAUGAUAAAGAGUAAAUUAAAUAUAAAAAUAUACCUAAACAAGUAACCAAUCUUUGAAAUGUUAUAUAACAAAAAAAUUAUGUCAUAUAUAAAAGUAUACAUAAUUAUAAAACCAUUUUAAUUACAACAGCUGGAUACUAAUUUGCAUUAUAGGUUUUUAAGUAAAAAGGAAGUUUCUAAAAAUACAGAAAUACUCUACUGCUUUUAAUGCAUUUCUUUACAUAGUGAAUGAUUAUGUAUUUGUUUAAAUAAAUUAUUACAGUGAUUUCAAAUCAAAGCAUGAAAAAUGCUAUAUAACAUGAAUAUUGAUUGUUGUCUGAUUAAUGGAUAGCAUAUUGAAAAUAAACUUUACAUUCUUCAAUAUGCAUUUCAUUUGAUUCUGUGUACUCUGCAAAACUUGUGUACUGUUGUUCUGCAAUUUUGUGCUUUUAUCCAUUAAAGAUUCCAAGUUCUUUUGUGACAGAACUUUACUCCAGCAUGUAAUAUUUCUUUAAUAAUGUGUACAGAAUGUUUAAGUGCAUGUAAUGCCUUUCUGAUACUGAACACAAAUAUUUUGUUGUUGGCCAGUUGCUGAAAAAAAGGGCAUUUGAGGUGGCAUAAUGCCUAAAACAAAUCUUAAGGUUACAAUGUUUGAUGCAGGGUUUUGAUUAUAAUGUGCAAAUAUAACUGCUCAAUGUGAACUACCUUCUAGUCUGUGAUUUAAUCCAUCUCUUGCAGAGUACUUUUUUUUUAACAGUAUUAUUGGAAAAACAAAGGUGGUUAUAGUUUCAUCUUCUGGUUUGUACAAUGUGCUGUGUUAUUGUUUGAAAAUUUAAGUAUUUAGAAUUCAUCUGGAACUAAUUGAAAAUAAACCACUUUUGUGAAUACAUAGUGUUAUUUAUUUGUAUUUUGUCUGCUUUAUCUUUUUAUAAUUUAUUGAAGUAUACAGGCGUGUUCAAAUAUAAGUAGAUUUAAUAAGGAAAGGCUUUCAUCAUAAAAACUGUUCUUUCUCUCAAUAAUAUGAGUAUGAAUAAACUCAAUUUCAAAUACAAAAUAAAACUUCAGUUGCAAAAACAUUGUAGAUCCUAAAAUAAAAAAUUAGGGAGACAGUGCUGUUUGGCAGUCGUCCAAAGUUUCCAGGAAAAUACAAAAAAGAAAAUAAGCAUAUCCAAAUAGACUAAUGCAGAAUCUUAAUUUCAAUGUAUCUAUAUACUGUUGAGUUAUUUGUUUAUACAGGGUUAAGGACUUUUAAGGACCAUCAAUGAAAAAAGUUAAGGACCUAUCAAGCAAAUAGGAACUAAAUAAACUAAAUCAGUUAUCUACACUCGAACUUCACUUUUGUAAUUUGUAACAACAAAAUAAAUCUGUAUAUAGGAAACAUUACUAUUAUAUUGCAGAGUGAUUAGGGAUCCCCCCCUUAAAAAAAAAAAAAAAAAAAAAAAAAA